UAAUAAACAAUGCAAUUACCUUCCAAGCAUCCAACAGGAUGAUAUAACAGAGCAGCUUUAAUUAAAGGAUUGAUUGAAUUAAAUGUAUACGGAUGUAUUUUCCUUAUUUUCUUGAAUUGAGUUCACAGUAGAUGGCGGUAGUGCGCGAAAUUGGUGUGAUCCGCAAAAAUAAAGGGAAGAAAAGAAAAAGAAGAAGCAACAGUAAUCCUGCGCACCACUGUGUUUUUAUCCUGUGUUUGUUAUAUGAGCGCAUGUUAGCAUCCGGGGAUAUUUCACAACACCUAUAACGCAUGGUGCAGUGAGAUGGAGGCGUUGCUGAAGAGAGAGCUGGGCACAUCUCUUCUGAAGAGCACUGGUCAUUCAGGAGGAGGAUGCAUCAGUGAAGGCCAGAGCUUUGACACUGACACUGGCAGAGUGUUCGUUAAGAUCAACCACAAGAUUGAGGCUAGAAGGAUGUUUGAUGGAGAGUUGGCAAGCUUGGAAGCGAUCCUGGCUACAAACACAGUGAAAGUGCCCAAGCCUGUGAAGGUGGUGGACCUUGAGAGAAGUGGAGCUGUUCUCAUAAUGGAACAUGUGGAGAUGAGGACCUUGAAUAAAUACUCAUCAAAGCUGGGGGAACAACUAGCUGACCUGCAUCUUGACAACAAAAGACAGAUAGAGAAACAAAACAAGGAACAGCAGACUGUUGGAAAAGGAUCAGGAACAUCUGAAAUACAUAUAGCCAACAAGUUUGGCUUUCACGUGGCUACCUGCUGUGGUUAUAUCCCUCAGGUAAAUGAUUGGCAGGAUGAUUGGGUGUCCUUUUUCGCCCAGCAAAGGCUGCAGUACCAGCUCAGCCUGGUGGAACAGUCAUAUGGAGACAGAGAGGCCAGGGAAUUGUGGGCCAAACUCCAGCUGAAGAUCCAUCAGCUGUUUACAGACACAGAGGUGGUUCCAGCUCUGCUGCAUGGAGAUCUUUGGGGAGGAAAUGUGGCCGAAUGUUCUGACGGUCCCAUCAUCUUUGACCCAGCAUCGUUUUAUGGCCAUUCAGAGUUUGAGCUGGCUAUUUCUAGCAUGUUUGGUGGUUUUGGGAGCUCAUUUUACAAAGCUUACCAUGAGAAGAUCCCCAAGGCCACUGGUUUUGAAAAGAGGCAACAGCUUUACCAGCUGUUCCACUAUCUGAAUCACUGGAAUCAUUUUGGUGGUGGCUACAGAGGUUCUUCUCUACGGAUUAUGAAGGAUCUAACAAAGUAGAUGCACCCUGAUUCUUUAAAGGGUUACUUCAGCCAAAAAUUCAAAUUUAAGCCAUAAAUUACUCACCCUGAAGUCAUCCUAAGUAUAUAUGACUUUCUUCUAUCAGAUGAAUUCAGUUGGAGUUAUUAAAAAAAAUUGUCUUUGAUCUUUCAAGCUGUUUGAUCCAACUUAGUGGGUGUUGUACUCCAUCCGUCCUUCAGAAGUUUAAUAAAAAGCUCAUCCAAUAAAAAAAAAGGGUCUAACACGGCUCCGGGGGGUGGACAAAGGCCUCCUGUAGUGAAUCCGCAUGUGGAAAUGCAGCGGAGAGAUCAAAACAAAACAGCGGUCACUAAUUAGAAGUACAAAACAAGGAUUUGUAAAGAAUAUCUGAGGAUUUCAAUAUAAGCCAAGUGGAGACUGGUUUUAUUUUGCUAAAGUAAGGAAACUUUGCUUCCUUUGCUUCUGUUAAACAUUCGUUUUCACGAGACUCAGAAGCGCAUGUUCAGUGCUGACCUCAUACGUCAUUCCCGCGGAACUGCUUCUGUUUUAUAACAGUGAGCGCAAGCUAGAUUAAAGUGAUUAUUAUGCUUUGAAUAUGGAUAUUUUUCUUACAAAAAUUCGAUUCACUGCAGGAGGCCUUUGUUCACUCCCCAGAGCCAUGUGAUACACUUUUUUUUUUUUUUUUUUAUGGAUAAGCUUUAUAUUAAACUUCUCAUGGACGGAUGGAGUGCAACACCCGCUAAGUUGCAUCAAAUGGCUUGAAAGAUCAAAGACAAAAAAAAAAAAAACUCCAACUGAAUUAAUAUGAAAGAAGAAGGUCAUAUACACCUAGGAUGACUUCAGGGUGAGUAAUUUAUGGUUUCAUUUUCAUUUUUGACUGAACUAACCACUUAAGUCGUCAUUAAUAAAUGUAGGUGCAUUGUCAAGAUGAAAAAGUCUUAAUAUAAUUUCAACAGAUAAAAAAAGAAAUAUAUAUAUAUUAAUGCUUCCAAACAUUGACCAAAAAAUAAGUUGUGUAGUAUACAUAAUUCCUUUUUUUAUUUUUGCGAAUUGCACUUCAACUUGACUAAAUGAUUAUGCUCUUGAAGAGAGCCUCAUUUACAAGACUCCUUGCUUUAAAAUGUGUGCACUAAGUAGCAUCAUAUGAAAAGUUUCAUUUCACUACGGUAUUACUAAAUGUUUAUCUACUGAUGAUUUAAAACAAUCUUAGUGAGCUUUGUUGUUCUGUAAACUUGCAGCUUGCUGGAGUCUCAUCAAAUACAUAAAGGAUGCUUGGACAGUCAAAUAAAAUCUUAAAAACAA